UUAUUUUCUUGGAUAUAUAUUUAUAGUUCCAGCUGCAUUUGACACCUACAUAGGAAAAAGUUCAAAGCCUACACAAACAUGGGAAAGAUUAUCUUUUACGAGGAUAGGAACUUCGGCGGCCGUUAUCAUGAGUGCACGAGUGACUGUGCUGACCUGCAUUCCUACUUCAAUCGCUGUCACUCCAUCAGAGUGGAAAGCGGUUGCUUCAUGGUCUAUGACCGAACCAAUUUCAUGGGACGCCAGUACUUUCUGAGAAGGGGCGAGUACCCUGAUUACAUGCGUACCAUGGGGAUGAAUGAUUGCGUCAGAUCCUGUCGUAUGAUCCCAGAGCAUCGUGGGCCCUUCAGAAUGAAGCUCUAUGAGCGCCAGGACAUGGGUGGAAGGAUGAUGGAGCUUGAGGACGAUUGCCCCAACCUCAUGGACCGCUUCAACAUGUCCGACUUCCAUUCCUGCCAUGUGAUGAAUGGUCACUGGCUUGUUUAUGAGCAGCCCAACUACACAGGCAGGCAUUUCUACCUGAGGCCCGGCGAGUACAGGAAAUACAGUGAUUGGGGCGGCAUGAGUUCCAGGAUGGGCUCCAUCAGACGAAUCAUGGAUCUCUAAAGAAAGGAGUCCUUGUGAAAUGUCUGCUUUAUGCCAUUUUUCACACACUAAAUAAAAUGGUGUCUGUGCUUAAGUGUCUUGAGUUUUGUUCUUGCACCCUCUACCUGGAGGAGUCACUGCCUGAUGACGACUCUUGUUAUAGGCUGCCAGACUGCCUGACACUGUUCGGAGAACUGAAUAAAACUAUAGAGACGCUUUCCUCUAUGA